AUGAGUCACCCUAAUUGUUCCAGUCUGGAUAAUAGCGUUCCUGAAAAUCCUGAGGACCUACCGCAAGAUCACUUACCUGCUAUGUGGAUUCAACAUCAGCUUUUUCUCAAAUUCCAGGACUUCCAGUAUCGCUCUGUGCAAUCUGUGAAAGUAAGUUUAAGGUGGAAUCACAGUUAUAGUUUGAUAUAACAGAUGUCUUAACAAAUGUAGGACAGCACAACACAAUCAGUGCCAUCAGGUUGUAUAAAAUUGGUAUGGAUAUAGCAAUGUUAAUUCCUCACUAUCAGUAUGGCAGAGGAGGGAGGAGGUAUCCAGGUACUUGGAAGAAUCUAAUUGGUUUGACAUUAAACCAGGGAUAGCACCAGGACACUCUAAUUAAUGUAACUACUACAGUGAGCUAGAAUGGUUAUGGUGCUUACAAUUUCCUUUUAAUCAUUAUUUUCCCAAAUUCACUACUUCUCUCUCCACUCCCAGCAAACCUAGCUUCCUUUAGUUUUCUUUACAAUUUUAUUGUGUCUGACUUUCUUUUCUAGAAUUCUGGAGAUAUCUAUGAAAGUAGCAGUGAUAACAGAUACAUCAUGACACCAGAUGAAAUGAGUCACCCUAAUUGUUCUAGCCUGAAUAAUAGCGUUCCUGAAAAUUUCGAGGACCUACCACAUGACCACUUACCUGCUAUGUGGAUUCAGGAUCAGCUUCUCAGAAUGCAGGACUUCCAGUAUCGCUCUGUGCAAUCUGUGAAAGUAAGUUUAAGGUGGAAUUCCAGUUCUAGUUCGAUAUAACAGAUAUCUUAAAAAAUGUAGGACAGCACAACACAAUCGAUGCCAUCAGGUUGUAUAAAAUUGAUAUUGAUACAGAAAUGGUAAUUCCUUGGUAUCAGUAUGACUGAGGAGGGGGAAAAAAUCCAGGUAUUUGGAAGAAUCUAAUUGGUUAAACAUUAAACCAGGGAGAACGGCAGGACACUCUAGUCACUAUAACCACUACAGUGAGCUAAAAUGGUUAUGGUGCUUACAGUUCCCUUUUAAUCAUUAUUUUCCCACAUUCACUGCUUCUCUCUUCACUCUCAGCAAACCUAGCUUCCUUUUCACUACCCCGUGCUUCCUUUCCUUUAUUGAUCAAUAUGUUUCAGACUCAAUCGUACAAACCCCCAACACCGUGGGUGAGCUUUCUAGUUGAGAUUAUGGCUGCUAUCCCUUUAUAAAAGGAGAGCGGGUUAUGGCCUUCACAGUUUGCUCCAUACAUAGUUUCUGCUGCCUUGUCAAAUUAAAAUAAACACAUAUUUUAAAAAAAUGAAAAGAAUCAUAUAAAAAUGAUAGAAAGUAUGAAAUGUAUACGAUAAUUUGCAUUUCUUGAUCAAUUGAGUUGCUGAAUUCUGGGUUUAGUAAAUAAAUCAGAGCGUUUGAUGGUUUAUCAAAGGGUAACAAUCACUUCCCAGGACGUUUAAUAUUAUAUUUACUUAUCCCUAAAUUCAACGACUAUCUGUUUGUGAAAUGUGAACGAUAAAAUUAAACGUAGAAAUCCACACCUCUUUAUACUGUAACUGGGCGCCUCCAUCUUAGCUCCCUGUCAGUCAUCGUUAAAAGCUCCGCCCUUUGCAUCUGACCGUCAGCACAGAGUGAUCAUACAGAAAGGAGGAGAAAUGAAACAAUGUUUCUAUAUGUCCUCUUCAUUUGCAUUGUGUGCCCUGGCUGUGCCAGAACUAAACAAAAAGAAAACAGAACAUCUCAUGAGAAACUGUUAACAUGUAUGUGAUUUUCAAUUUUUUAUUCAAUGGCGUCUGACUUUCUUUUCUAGGAUUCUGGAGGUAGCUAUGGAUGUAGCAUUGAUAGCAGAUUCAUCAUGACACCAGAUGAAAUGAGUGAACCUAAUUGUUCCAGUCUGGAUAAUAGUGUUUCUGAAAAUUCUGAAGACCUAUCACAUGACUACUUACCUACUGUGUGUACUCAGGGUCGGCCUACUCUCAGAAUGCAAGACUUCCAGCUUUGCUCUGUGCUGGGUAAAGGGCAAUUUGGGAAAGUAAGUUUAUGGUGGAAUUCGAGUUCUAGUUCGAUAUAACAGAUGUCUUAAAUUCAGGAUAGCACAACACUUUAUUCUUUAAUUUCAGGUUCUGCUGGCCGAGCACAAGGAAACAACCAACAUGUAUGCCCUGAAAUUCAUAAAAAAAGUAAACUUAGAAUCACCACAUCAGUUCAACAAGUCAGUGAAUGCAGUAAUAAAUAUCUUGUGUUUGUGAAGAGGACCAUGUCCUGUUUCUGUGGGGGGUUUUUUCAUUUGAUUUUAGAGUCGAAGAAAAUAAACUUUUAUUUUCCUUUCCAGCCUUCUGAGUGAAAAGCGGAUAUUCCAGACAGUGAGCAAUAGGCGGCACCCAUUCCUUAUGAACUUGUUUGGGUGUUUCCACACCCGAGAUCAUGCCUGCUUUGUUAUGGAAUAUGCAGCAGGGGGCGACCUUCUUACAUGCCUUGAUAACAACCAUGGCCCAUUUCCAGAACCCAGAGCAGUGUGAGUAUAAGCAGCAUUCUGUCCAUUUAUCGAUAUCUCAUCCAAUGUUCUACAGAUGGUGGCUUGAGCUGGGCUACACCUUCCAUAACAUCUUGUCAGAUUAUGAAUUAAUUCUGGGAUAUCACACUUUGUUUAAAUUCUGUGUUUAUUUAGUUUAGAAUGACUUUAAACUGUAUAACUUUAUAUCCUAUGAGCUGCUGUAUAUAUCUUUACCAUUAUGUGUCAAUGCUGGAUCAGAGCAGUUACUUCUGACCACAUACACCGCUGUCUGCACCAACUAUGUCUAAUGACUCUGCAAGUAUCGGCAUUGGUGAAUUGAACCUGCUGUAAGUGAUAAACAACCAAUCACCAUUGUAUCAGCUCAUACAUAACACACUAGCAGUGAAAGACAUGAGGAAACCUGGGAAUUAAUGUACUCUGUCAGAAUACAGAGUUGGAUAUAUGGAAUAAAACCAUUUAAUCGUGCAAACACUGUAUCUUCUAGAAAGCCAUUCAUUUAUUUAUUUUUCCCCAGAUUUUAUUCUGCAUGUGUCGUCCUUGGACUUGAGUAUUUACACGAACAAAACAUCGUCCACAGGUAAGCCUAUAAAAAAACAAAACUACACGUUAUUUAGGUGUUAUUUAUGGCACACAGUCUGUCUAACCCAGUUUAAUUAUCUAGAUUAAGUUAUUAAUUUUAACCAAUUAAAAAUCCUGAACAAUGAGAGCUAUUCUAAGUGCUUCUAGUGUUAUGUAAAAUAAAUAAAACUUCCUUUUCUACAUUUUAAUCUAGAGAUCUGAAGCUUGAAAACAUUGUUCUGGAUGAGAGAGGAUUUGCGAAGAUAACUGACUAUGGUCUCUCUAAAGAAGGUAAAUAGAAUGCUCUAAUAUAAUUUUAGAUACAAAAAGGUCACACUUACGAAGUUCAAAUCAGUUAUCUUUCAUUUAAACAGCCAUUUAACAUAUAAUAGGAUGUCUAUAAAAGGUAUGCUUAAUUCCAAAACUGACAUAAAGGAACUUUAUAACAUUAAAAAUAAGAGCAUUUAUUUUUAAUGUAAAUUAUUCCUAAGUGAGCCUCCCAUUUCUUUUCCAGCAAUUUUUUAUGAAUGGGCAGUGACUGAUUGCUGAGAGCGUCAGCUGACCGCUCCCAGACAAUCAGCAGUCCCCCUGCCCAGUGGCACUCCGUGCUUCUUAAAACUGUAAUUUCAGAAGCCAGAUGCCGCCUGAGGGAAGUAGUGAUUGGAGAUGGAGGCUCACUUUGAGAUUAAACAGUUCAAGAACGGUUUGACCACUUGAGAUAGGCGUGCGCCCUGGAGGCCUCCUGGCACCAUAACAACUUCAAUUACAUUUUUAUGGUGCCCGGAGUGUAAGUGUAUAAAGUACUUCUGUUUUAUUUUGUUUUUAUCAAACUAAAUUUAAGUAUUUUCCUGAUAGUCAGACCCAGCCACGGUGCUGCCACUGCGAUAAUUGAAAUUUUCGGAUGGAAAUGAUAUGAGAAGUUGUGGCAGCAACAAACUUAAAGAAAGUCAUAUCCAAAUGUAAAUUGCUAAAAUUGAACAUCUAUCCUCAACUUAUAUACAAUUCUAUUUUCACUAUUUCUGAGGAAUUGGAUACGGAGACAGAACAAACAGCAUUUGUGGAACUCCUAAUUAUCUGGCUCCUGAAAUGGCCAAGCGCAAGACAUAUACAAGAUCUGUGGACUGGUGGAGCUUCGGAGUGGUUAUUUAUGUAAUGUUAACUGGAAACGUAAGAACAAUCUUUCAUUAAGAAUUUACAGUCAGAUUUAUAAAGAGACUCUGACAAGUAUUUGCUUUUAACAUUACAGCAAUCUUUAUUAAAAAGUUGCUCUAUUUAUUUUUGGUUUUGUUUUAUUACUUUUUGUUGGCCUCCCCUCUUCCAAUAAUUCCUCUCUCUCCAACAUUCACACCCACAUUUGUAUACAAACGUAUCUCACCCCAAAACAGACACCCCCAAUUAAUUAACUCCUCCCUUCCAAACACAGACCCCACAUUCCCUGACCGUUAUUUUUGCACUCGUUUACCUGUCAUUUUCCUUCAACUAUUAUAUUCCAACAUUUCUUUACAAUGAACCCAUCCUUAUCCAAAUCACAUCUCAAAUUAACCCCUCCCCAUAAUAGAUCCAGACAGCUUCAAUACCCUGUAAUUAACCCCUGACCCUUGGUUCCCAAAUCUAAAUCUUUUACCAAUGAAUUAUCUCCAUCUUCUGCUCUGCCCCUGGUCCAGUUACUUAGUGCUCUGGUGGCUGACAAUGUGUGCGUACAUCGUGUGUAACCCUCUGUAUACCACUUCUUUGUGAAUACCUAUACGGUCAGAAGAUGUUUAGUAGUUCUGACUCUAAUAAACAUCCCACCUACUAACUUGCUUAAAUGUUUUGUAUUUAACUUUUUUUGUCUCCUGACAAAAAGAAAAAAGCCAUCGUAAUCCAAUGUUACUGUACAAAAUAAAACAAAUAAUACUAGAUGACAAUUUAAAAAGUAAAUAAAUAAAAACACCAGGAGAAAAUUAAUUAUACAAUAGACCAUGGGUGCCAAAAAGGUAGAUCUUCCAUGAUGCUUUUUCAUUGUAAAGGUAUGCAAAGCAUCAUGGGAGUUGUUGUUAGAGAGCAUCUGGGGAUCUACCUUCUAGGCACCCCCUGAUAUAGACCUUCCAGUCCUUUAUCUCAGAGCUCAAAAAUUGAUAUUCCCUGCGGUCUUGAAAAUCGCUCAGCGUUUUGAAAAUUCCAGCCAACCAAAGUGCAUUUCCGGACGCGUUUCACUCCCCUGCGGUACGCUUGAUGAUGUAUUUCACGACAGCGUUCAGUUAUCUUUCACAUAUUAUAUACACUCGCACACACAUGGUUGUUGAGUUGUGAUAUACACAUUGUGUAAUCUGUACUACGAAGAUUAUAAAACCCUAACUAUUAAUUUAUUGUUCAGCUUUCAGCUACUACAAUUUACAACUUAUUCAAACCUUAACUGAGGUUUUUUUAAAUGUAAUUUUUCUCUAGUUACCCUUCGAAGGCCGUGAUGUUGAGACACUUUAUGCUAAAAUUGCCAAAUGUAAACUAAAAAUUCCAGAGUCAUUGUCUAGUGAAGCCACUUCAAUACUGAGUAAGGUAAGUUGUCACGCAAAUUUAAUAUAUCAUACAACCCAUGCUGAAAACAUCCAUUCGCCAUCAAUGAGUGGAGAUUCAGACCUAGCAAGCUGCCUUGAGAUGGGGGAAUUCUGUAGAAUGGGCAGUAAAGAAUGGAGGUCCGGCUGACCUUUGGGAGAGGAAAUGUAUCAGUUUUUUUAUUUGAUGUUUAUACAAUAGUUCUCUUAUUGGUCAUGCAAAUUUUCAAUGCUAUAUAUUCACCUUGAAUUGGAUGUAGCUAGCUGUGUGUGUUAAUGCUGGUAAAGAAACAUUCAUUAUUACAGAGUAUUAAAACAAAACCCGAAAUAUCUGCUCACUUAUUCUAUGACAUCCAUAAAUGAUGCAAUAUUACAUCUAACACUCAUUCUCUAUAGUUAUGUGACUCACAGCGCCCACUAGUGGCUUGUAUAAAAACAUAGUAGCAGUUACAAACCGUGUACAAACACCACCACGAUUUAUCCUGGCGUAAAACAUUGCAUUGCCAGCAUCCCCCUCAAACAGUGAGAUUACUACCCACUAUAUGUUUAUUUAUAAUUAAUAGCGAUAAUACACAUUUUUCCUUUACCUUUGUUCUGUCCCUUUGAGUAUAACGCUGAAGAAGUAAAUACGAAAAGACAAAAAUAAUGCAUUUCACAUGAACAGUACUGAGCAUUGAACAUCUCAAAAUACACUCAGCGCUGGUGCAAGGGUUCUUGGCUACACAGGCAAAAAUCCAUUUAGCGCCCCCUUUCACACUCUUCUCCCCCUGUUGUGCAGUUCUCACACAGAUAUCUCGUACCCUGGAUGGAGCCGCACACCCACAGGACCUCCAACAGGGCCCGACUUACUGUUAAUGUUCCUGAUGUUUAGCAUUAAAAUUAACAAAACCUAUUUUACAAAAUUCCUUUUACAGUUACUGACUAAAAAACAUGAGAAACGUCUAGGAUCCAGUGAGAAAGAUGCACAGGAAGUGAAGGACCAUCCUUAUUUUCAAGUACGUACAUAUGUUUUUUUGUUUUGUGUUUUUUACUGUGGUUUUGUCACUAAAUAUUUGUGUGAUUUUAGGAAAAAUAAAAUCUUUGUAAUAUACUGAAAUUCUAACACAGCCAAAAGAGAACAUAAAUUGGGAUCUAAACAAAAUGUGGCUUUUUGGGCAUAUUAGCUGUUAUCUUGUAUUUUAUAUAGUCUUGGUUUGUACGUGAUGCUCAUUAUUUUACAAAUUCCUUUCCAGCAUAUAGAUUGGAACGCAUUAUUAUUACAAAAUGUGACACCUCCAUUUGUGCCAACCAUCAACGGAGCCGAAGAUGUCAGCAACUUUGAUGCGAUAUUCACCUCGGAAGCGCCUAUUAUAACUCCACCAGCAAGACGAAGAGUUCCACCGUUAAUGGAGAAGAAGACAUUUGAGGAUUUUUGUUGGAGGGCAGAUUGGAGUUAA